AUGGAAGAGAUGUCAGGAGAAAGUGUGGUGAGCUCAGCGGUGCCAGCGGCUGCUACCCGCACCACUUCCUUCAAGGGCACGAGCCCCAGCUCCAAGUAUGUGAAGCUGAACGUGGGCGGGGCGCUCUACUACACCACCAUGCAGACGCUGACCAAGCAGGACACCAUGCUGAAGGCCAUGUUCAGCGGGCGGAUGGAGGUGCUCACCGACAGCGAAGGCUGGAUCCUCAUUGACCGCUGUGGGAAGCACUUUGGUACGAUACUCAACUACCUUCGCGACGGGGCUGUGCCCUUGCCGGAGAGCCACCGGGAGAUCGAGGAGCUGCUGGCAGAAGCCAAGUACUACCUGGUCCAGGGCCUGGUGGAAGAGUGCCAGGCAGCCCUGCAAAACAAAGAUGCUUACGAGCCUUUCUGCAAAGUUCCUGUUAUCACCUCAUCCAAAGAAGAACAGAAACUUAUAGCGACUUCAAAUAAGCCAGCCGUGAAGUUACUCUACAACAGAAGUAACAACAAAUACUCAUAUACCAGCAAUUCUGACGACAAUAUGUUGAAGAACAUUGAACUCUUCGAUAAGCUCUCUCUGCGCUUCAACGGAAGGGUCCUGUUCAUAAAGGACGUCAUCGGGGACGAAAUCUGCUGCUGGUCCUUCUAUGGGCAGGGCCGGAAGAUCGCCGAGGUCUGCUGUACCUCCAUCGUCUACGCCACCGAGAAGAAGCAGACCAAGGUGGAGUUCCCGGAGGCCCGGAUUUAUGAGGAGACGCUGAAUAUUUUGCUGUAUGAGGCCCAGGACGGCCGUGGACCUGACAAUGCGCUCCUGGAGGCCACAGGCGGGGCGGCGGGGCGCUCCCACCACCUGGACGAAGACGAGGAGCGGGAGCGGGAGCGGAUCGAGCGCGUGCGGCGGAUCCACAUCAAGCGGCCGGACGACCGCGCCCACCUCCACCAGUGA